AUGCAGAUUUCGGUACCUUGUGCUGGUGGAGUAAGAGCCGCCCAGGAUGACACAUUCAUUGUCGACGUCGCCUCCUCUGCUUUCUCUCAGUGCAUUCCCAACGGCUUUGCGGACAGCUCCCUGCUCUCGCGACAACAGCUCAAGGCUCUUUCUGAUGUUUGCAAUUCCGAGAUCUACCGCAUCUGGUAUCACUUCCGCCUGAGAGAAGGAGACGGUUCUGUCGCUCCCGUCAUCAUCUUCAUCGUCUAUAUGGGCCUGACGAGCAUCGAGACGGUCAUGUACUACACCUACAUCCUCAACUUCCAUGAGGACGGGAGGAUCCUGGACCUCUACAGGAGGCUCAUCGCAAAGGAGGGGACGCUGUUCUGCCCCCUCGACGUCGAAGUCAGCCCUGCUGAGCUCAUGACUAUCCUCCAGGUCUGCCUGCUCUGCUCCUCGUCCCCUUCUUCUGUUCCCCUCCUAGCGCCAUGA